AUGUUGGACUUUAGUACAGCAGUCACAAGUGAGAUAUCUGGCGCUUAUUUCACUCUUCUGACCAAUGAAGAAGUUGCUGCCUUAAAGCGUGUAAAUGUCAAUAGCGCAGUGCCAUUCGACGCCAAUGGUGCCACAAUCAACGGGGUUCACGACCCAGCUAUGGGCACCAAUGACGGGCGCGACAAAUGUUCCACCUGUAAUGGUACUAGUGAUUGCAAUGGCCAUUUGGGCAUUAUUGAAUUUCCGCUACCGCUCUAUCAUCCCCUGUUCAAGUCCAGUCUGGUUAAGCUCUUAAAGCUAAUGUGCUUUCAAUGUUGCAGACUUAAGAUUCCGAAUAAAAGAGUCAAGGAAUUUCUUAUAAAAUUUCGGCUCUUACGCAGUGGACUGAUUUCUCGAUUCGCAAAGUAUAGUCUUCUGACAAAUUUAUCUAAAAAGUCCCGUAUGGAUAAGUUUGAAAGGUUGUUUAAGAAAGAGCGUAGACUCUGUCUGGAAGGUUUGCGAAAAAGAACGGCUUACCACAAGAUAGUAAAAAACUCUUCCACCAUACUACACCUUUAUGAGGAGACAAGGGAGAUUUUUUUCGGGUUAAAAAACCUGCAAAAAUGCCACCACUGUAAGUCCGCUUGUCCUUCCAGUAUAAAGGCUGCAGGAGAUGGUACAACUGUGGAUAUUCUUUGGGGCAAUUCAAUUGACUAUAUUUCCAAACACUACAACAGAUCACAAGAAGACAAAUCUCACGUUACUGCAUUUGAGCUAAUUCCGUUUAUCCAAAAAUUAUUUGAGGCACAAAGCAAAAUACUCAAGCAUUUAUUCCCAUUUACAAUAAUGAAUGGACAUGGGUCAUUUUUUAUGUAUAAUAUGUGUGUUACACCUAACAAAUUUAGGGCUUACUUGCCCAUUGAGGGUAAAAAUAAGGUUUCCCUCCAUUCUCGUACGGCUUCAUUAAUUACCAUUGUUAAAACAGUCAAUGAUCUCAAUAAUUUGCUCAAGUCAGAAAACCUAGGUACUGGAGUUGCAACUAUUUCUAGCAAUGUAAAUAAAUUACAGGCCGCGUUGAAUGCCCUAGUUGACUCUACAUCCACAGCAACUAAUAGUGCAGGUAGUGUCAAGAAGGAUUCAUUUCUUGCAACCAACCGCCCUGGCAUUAAACAGCUUAUCGAGAAAAAAUCGGGAUUACUUCGUAGUAAUAUGAUGGGUAAAAGGGUAAACUAUUCGGCACGGAGUGUAAUUGCCCCUGAUUGCUUCUUGGAUACCAAUGAGAUUGGAGUGCCACUCAGAAUUGCCAGUUCUUUGGACUUCCCCGAAAGAGUGACUAGGCAUAACAUCAAGUUUCUUAUGAGAUUGGUUGAGAAUGGCCCAUAUAGGUACCCAGGGGCCAAUUAUAUAAGGCAAGGUAAGGCAUUGUUUUUCCUUGGGGGGCUAUCAGAUAUGGCAAGGAAAGCUAAGGCAAAGUUACUAUCCAUCAAUACGCCAGACCGCCAGACAAUUGUGUACCGGCACUUAUUGCAGGGAGACGUUGUGUUAAUGAACAGACAACCUACACUGCAUCGUCCGGGAAUAAUGGCGCAUUUUGUGAGGGUAUGUUUAAAUCAGAAAACAUUUCGAUUAAACUACGUCAAUUGCAGUACCUAUAACGCCGAUUUUGACGGUGAUGAGAUGAAUAUGCACGUUCCACAGGACCAUCUAGCACGGGCAGAAGCAGAGGCCAUACUUGAUGCUGACGCCCAGAAUUCGGGUCCUAAAGAUGGAAAUCCUAUCCGAGGUUUGAUCCAGGAUCACUGUCAAAGCGGUGCAAUGCUUACCCACAAGGAUACAUUUUUAACUCGGACCCAAUUUAAUGACUUGGCUUUUGAGGCACUCCAAACGGCUUUUAGGAACAACAUGUAUACAAUUUAUCCUAAUGAUGACGGGGAAUACAACGACAAUUGCAGUUUUAACACCGUGUACAAAGAUAAAAACAACAUUAGCGUUGAUUGGGACUUAUGGCGUAACAUGCCCAAGUUAUAUAAACGGUCCGAAAUAUCUUCUUUGUACGAUAAACUGGAUAUAUCGGUCAUAAUGGACCAACCUGCCAUAAUAUAUCCCGUUAAACUAUGGACAGGGAAGCAAUUAAUUACAUGUAUAUUCAAGUCGCUGAUUGAUUCCAUUGCCAGGUAUAGGCUAGGAGAUAUUGGCUACAGGGGUAUAAAUUUCACGGGUAAUUCCAAAAUUCCGGACAAUGGUGAUGAUACUAGCAUUAUAAUGCAAAACAGUGAGCUUUUGAUGGGUGUGUUGGACAAAUCUCAAUUUGGUGCAACUCCGUUUAGUUUGUGUCAUGUAAUAAACCAGUUGUUGGGUCAUCGAGCCUGCGGUGCCCUUUUAUCAAGUUUUGCCAGAUUAUUCACGACUUUUUUAAGAUCCUACGGUACAACUUGUUCCAUUGAAGAUUUCAUGCUCAAUCCUAAACCAGAGCUGGAGAGGGUUAAGUUAAUUAAUUCGUUGACACUUAAUGGAUUUUAUUUGCAAUCACUAUUUGCCACGGCACUAGGGCAUGGUACAGAUAAGGAGCCUAAGCAAUCUGAUAGAUCCUUUUCUGAUGAUUUUAUAUAUGAUAAUGGCAUAAAUGGGAUGGAUAUUAUGAACAUGGACAAGCGGCCUAGGAGGGAAAUAGAUCUAUUGGGUACAAGUGAAUCAGUUACUAAGAGGAGAGGAGGACAAGGCACUCCAUACAGUAUGGAAGAGCGUAUAAUCCCGGAAUUUUCAAUGCAUUCUGACUAUUUUACAGAUUCUUAUUCUAUUAACAAAAGUAACAACUUACCUCAAGUUAUGGUAUCCAAGUACUACCCUUCCUGGCUUUACCAAUCGCCCAAUCGUGGCAUAAACUCUUCAGAAAGCACCGUAACUAGGUGUAACAAUUGCUUUGAGGAGUUUAAUCAAAAUUCAAUGACACCAAAAGAUGUAAAAUUAGGGUACAGCUUAUCUCCAAGAAGUGCAGAGAAGAAUGGCUUUAAAUUUUUUUAUCCGGGGAAAUUGACACACAAAAACUCGCAGUUUGAGGAGAUACUAUUCAAUUCAAAGCUUAAAGUGCUAUUGGACAAAUUUUUCAACAAGUGCCAAGGUAAACUGUCCAGCAGGAUCCAAGACCUAAUGGAUGAGGCCAGUCGCAUAUUAUUUCCUAACAACGGUUUUUUGCGUAUGAUCAAAACCGGGGCCAAAGGUUCAAUGGUCAACUUCAUUAUGAUAUGCGGUAUGCUUAACCAGCAAUCGCUCGAGGGCAAUCGAGUGCCAAUAAUGGUUUCCGGCCGUACCUUGCCCAGUUUCGGUGUGUUUGACUUUGGCACUAGGGCUGGUGGGUUUGUUACUGAUAGAUUUAUAACAGGCCUUAGGCCACAAGAAUACUUUUUCCACUGUAUGUCUGGCCGCGAAGGUUUAAUUGAUACGGCAGUUAAGACUUCAAAAUCUGGUUAUUUGCAACGGUGCAUAAUCAAGGCUAUGGAAGCUGUAAUUGUACACUACGAUGCCACAGUUAGAGACGCAGAUGGUACAAUUGUGCAAUUUAAAUAUGGAGGGGAUGGCAUUGACUUAGCCAAAUCGCCAUUUCUUCACAAGCCGCAACAUAUUUUACAUAAUAUAAACCUUUUGCCAGAUAAAACACUGGAUGGUAGGGCGGUAACAAUUGACCAUGAAACUCUAGUUAAAAUGCUGGAUUUGAUACCAUCAUUAAAUAGUUCUGGCAAAUUAACUGCAAACUUGAGUAACGAAGAAAGGAGGAGACUUGGCCAUUAUUUAACAAAUUUUAGUGUUGCCUCGGGCGAGCCGGUGGGUUGCUUAGCUGGCCAAUCAAUAGGAGAGCCUGCAACACAAAUGACCCUUAAUACAUUUCAUCUGGCCGGGCAUUCGGCCGCAAAUGUUACGCUGGGUAUACCUAGGCUGAUAGAGAUUUUGAUCCACUCUGGUAGCACUUGCAAGCCAGUAAUGGCCAUCCCAAUUCUAGGCAAUUCAGCUCAAGAAAUUAGCGACAAUGCCAAAGUUGCUAUUAGGAGUUUGUUGACUAUCAAACUAUCAGAGCUGAUAAAUUCCAUAGGUAUUGACUCAGAUUUAAUUCUUCUAGAUGGAUAUUUGGGCAAUGCUGAUGCUAGAAAUCGCAUUAUAUGGGAAUACACAGCGACCUUACAGUUUGAAAAUUUGAAGAAUUUUGGUAAGGUCAAUUUAGGUGUUUCAUUGGACGAAAUACUUUCAAGUGCCAAAAAUGCGUUAAUCGCUUUUACUUUGCGCGUACAAUAUUUGAUUUCUGUCACUGUGGAUAUGCACAAUAAGUAUCAAACAUCACCCCAAAUGGAUUUUAUCCAGGAAUUUGUCAAUAGGUACUAUUUCAAGGAAACAUUUGGGAAAAUUGACAAAUUAGCUGAACGCUACAAGCGCAAGGUGUUUAGAUGUACAAUGACUAGGGGAAAGGUAGUAGGCAGCAAGGCACUAAAGUCCAAAUAUGCCACUUUUUAUCACAGUCUUAAGUUUUCAAAACAUCUCUGGCUGAUGGAAUAUAAACUUAGGAUUCCCUUUCGAAAGUGCCCAUACAAAUUAUGCUUGAUGCAGAUACUGAAAAAUUGUGUAGACGCUCAGGUUGUAAAGAGUGUUAAAGGUGUUAAAAAUCCGUUUAUUGUGCAUAAAAAUACCAUGACAGGCGCGGAGUAUGAACUUCAGUGCUCUGGUAGUAACUUGAAUCUGCUUAUAUCCCUAAUAAAUGAUGGUCUUGAUUGCAACAGAGUUACAUCUAACGAUAUAAUCGCUAUACACCACACUUAUGGGAUAGAGGCAGCGUAUGCCAAGAUUAUCCAAGAGCUAAAAAUGGUAUUUGCCUCCUAUGGUAUAUCAGUGGACCACAGGCACCUAUCUCUAGUAGCUGAUUAUAUGACAAAUGAUGGCGAUAUAAAGGGGUUUUCACGUUAUGGAAUUGCCAGACAUACGUCUCCACUACAGCAAAUUUCAUUUGAGAGCAGCAUGAAAUUUUUAACAAAGGCCACUGAGAGGAUGGCACAGGACAAUUUGAAAAGCCCUUCCGGUGCCCUUGUAACUGGUGCUCGAGUUUUUGUAGGUAGUUCCCUAUGCGAUUUACUAUAUCAAUUACCGGCAAAGAAGGCAAAAUAUCGCAGGCCAAAGCCAAGCGAUUUCAAGUUUUUAGAUCAGCAAGAAAAUGAAAGUAAUGAGUCCGAGAUUAGUGAUGAUGUAAUGUCAAAUUGA